AUUUUGAUUUUAAGGUAUCAAAUAACAUAGCUCCGUAUUCAAAAGACUUUCUGAAAAUCUGAAAGAUUUUUCCAAUCCAAAACCAAUUCAAAAUGAAGUUCGCAAUAAUCGCUGUCGCAACAAUCUUUGGGUUUGCAACCCUGCAUUCAGCACAAGCUAUGACUGGGGACGCCACUUGGUACCACUUGAACGGGGGCAUUACUGCAUGUGGGGAACGUUUUACGGAUCAAGAUUUGGUGGCCGCAACGGCUUUCAAUUACUGGACACACCCAAACCCAAACCUGGACCCCAUGUGUCAACGACGAGCACGUGUGACAGAUCCCACUUCCGGGCGUCAAGUGGUGGUUAGAAUCAAGGACAAAUGUGGUGGUUGCAGGUCUGGCGACAUUGACCUUUCGCCUGCUGCCUUCCGUCAGUUGAGAGACUUGGGAGUUGGAAGAUUCCGAGUCAACUGGGAUUUCAUUUAAAUGAUGAUGUUUCCAUUGAUGUUGGGUACUUUGGGGGAGGGAUGCCAAUAAUUAUAUUUAUGUAGAAAUGUAUACUAUGAACACUAUGUAAAUUACAUAUGCACAGCAAGCAAAUUUAAAUAAAUAUAACUUCAUUUUAAAAUAUAAAA